AUGCAUUACCACGAGAGCAGCAACUCGAAAGAGCAAGCUGCCACUGGUGUCAGUGCUCGUGCUGAAACUACUCAAGAGGCCAGGGACCGAAAUAUCCUGCGCCACGCUCCUCAAGUGGAGUGUCCGUAUAUGCCGUCAUCCAGAGAGUUGGACCGGUUGGCUGGUAUGACUACCGAACGGGAUUGA